AUGCUUGGAUCCGCCCCGGCGUUUGUUGUACCAAGUAGGGGGCGCGCAAGCGCUUCCGAAAAGGGGUUCACAACCACCAACCAAAAACACACAAACGAGAGAGCGCGUCCUUCGCGGGCGCCUUUUUGCUGCAGCGUGUGCUUUUAUUUAUGGAAUAUGUGUAUGGGGAAAGGGGACUUUCUCUUCUCCCCCUAUGCUACCUUUCCAUUCGUUUUGUUCACAGACCUGAGUGUGGCAGGACUACCCGCCGAACUUAAGCAUAUUACUCAGCGGAGGAAAAGAAAACAACCGUGA